UGUCCAAUCAUGCUUGCAACCGCUCCACCACAUGAGUUCGAAUAAAGGCGCUACUGCGGGUGUUGAAUGCUCCGACGUCGUCAGCCAAUUGAUUACUGCUUCGACGCGCCAUCUGUGACAUUGUCUGCACCGUUUGCAGACUGAACAACAACCCCUCAAUCCGGCCACCGCGGCCUACUUUAUUCCUCACCCGGUUUCUCAACCGCUACACUUGACGCACCAUGUUUGUCCUCAACGAAGACCUUCCUUCGAAGAAGCGGCGACGAGAUACUCUCGAAUCUCUUCCUAAGGACUCCCCUGAGGACUCUCCCUCGCCGAAGAGAAAGAAACGCACAUCAGAAGCCGAAACAUACCGGUGGCACCGUACUCCAAGCUUCUGGAAUCGGCUCUCCAAGGUCCAUCUGACUCGAGGAGCGUUGAGAGAGUUCGACCGCAGGACUCUGAAGACCGAACAACCAGUACAACCAGUGUUGACACCCCAAUCCGGCAUCAACACUUCAGGGCCUGGGACCAAAAGCGCGAAGCGAUUUUCACGACACGGCGGACCUGAUUUAACCCAUAUUCGAGGAUUUGCCAUUCUAGCUGACCAGGACGCCAUGAGUCAAUCCAAUUCAAGCCGAAAGCGUUCGUCUGCAUCCGGCGGCAGUGGUGCAACCAGCAAGACCGGCAAAUCUUCUUACGAUCCCAAUUUCGAGCAGAACUUGAUCGAUGGUGGUAUUUAUCCUGAAGGAUACGAACCAGACGACACCCAUCCCCCCCUUGAACCAGGAAAUAUGGACGAUAUACAAACCACUAUGCGUGCGCCUCGGGCAUCGCUUUCACCAUCUCGAUUUACCCACGCUGACUUUCAAGAGUUUAAGAGAAAAGUUAAAAGAGCAGGCGAUGAAGCGACUGCACGGGCCGAAAUCAUGUCCAUCAUUGCUGGCGAUUCGAGAAGAAAUCAUUAUUCCGCAUCCGACCGCCAAUUCAAUCACCUAGAGCCGCUCGCCGACGACCUGCCAAAGCCCGUACCAGACUUGUAUGACGGCGCUUAUCCCCAACAAAUCGAUCGGAGUGUCCGCCGUGAUCUCGGAAAGCACAUUGUCCCAUCCAACAACACCUCUCUGCCGGCGGCACCAAACUUUUUCCUGGAGGGAAAGAGUGAGGGUGGCCGUGCUGACGUCGCAAAGCGGCAAGCCUGUCACGAUGGGGCAGUCGGCGCCAGGGCGAUGCACAGUCUGCAGAAUUACAAAUCGGCAGAACCCACAUAUGAUGGCAACGCCUACAGCUACUCAAACACUUACCACCAAGGCACCGCAACGCUGCAGCUCUAUACUCACCAUCUGACCGCGCCCAAGGCCCCUGGAGAACCUCCCGAGUGUCAUAUGAGUCAACUGAAGGGAUUUCAAAUGACCAGCGACAGGGAAACAUUUGUGAAGGGAGCCGGUGGUUUACGCAACAACCGAGAUCGGGCCAAAACCGAUCGAGACAAUCUCAUUGACCACGCAAACCAGAUAGCCCGACGCGCACCUGCGGUUACUCCGUCAACCACGUCCACGGACAGCCGUACGUCUCUAUCAAUGCUUCAAGAAGACGAAUCCGAUACUUCUACUGAUGAGUUCGCCGCCGAGCAAAUGACUGCCAAACGUACGAGACAUGCUGCUCUGGAGAAAUCAAGGCACCCUGCUAUGACACCCACAGCAGCGCCCUACUCAACCACGCGUCUCAGUCAUGAGUCUACGAUAUCUCGGCAGGCCAUGACAAGUGCACAAUAUGUGCAAUCUAGUGCACGUUCACGGCACCCCACUGAAGAUGGAAAAAAUCGGAGGCAAAUCAGGCCAACACAGAAGGUCCUGGAGAACACUGAUACUGGAUUUCGGGAUCGGAGACGAUAAUGUGGCUAUGAAGUUUUUCCAGAAUUGAUCCAUUUAGGCAACCUCGGCCUUCCACUGAAAGACCAGUUAGUGUGCACUUAGGGGCCUUCAAUUUGGGGACAUCGUAUAACUCGUUCCAGUUGCGCUGCCUGACUAAAAAGGAACCAGCAUAUCCUCACUACUUCGUGGUCUGCCACUUGACCACAGCCUUCUGCAGUUCCUGGUGGCCAUACCUUGUCAUGAACAGCUCAUCGCAUCGUUGCCGUAGUUCUUCGCCAACAAUGUUCUUCAUCGAGCUAAGCGAUGACUUCCAUGUGACAAGGCACUGGAUGGAACCAUCCUCCCCGAGAUAGACAUCCUCAAUGUCCGCCACCUUGCCAGCCACUCCCCACGUAACGGAAUCCAGGGGAGCGAAAGGAGCCAGUUUCUUUCUGCGUCGAUCCGAUGAGAUCUGGGACCUCUUGGGGUUUCGGCGUCAGGUCAUCUUCAAAGUCUUGAUGGACGUCAGUCAAUCCAGUACAAACUUGAAUAGCUCACUUGGGUCAAAGGAGAGAUACCCAAUCCAGCAGCAAGGAGACGCCUUUUUGUGACAGGGUUUGGCUCAUUGUCUUCGAAGGCUCCGGCGACCUCUUGCGCUUCUUAGAUAGCCGCUCUCUUUGAAUGCCUGCAUUCGCAACACGCGACUGGCAGUUCUCCACGACCUGCAAAGGCUCUCUGGCCAAAGGAGUGUUGGAGUUGUGACCAAGCCAUUCGAAAACUCUUCAUCGAGUAAAAUCUUCACAGUGAUUAACUUAGGUAUCACGGUAGCUUCGCCUUUUUCAAACCCGAAAGGAUCACGUGGCAGUGAGCUGGUGUGAACAACAUGUCCGCGCACCAGGGAAAUCAUUUGGGAACCCUGGCAGGACUAGUCCACGUACAGACAGGAGCACGACCAAUAAAAGCACGUGAUUUGCAUGUGAAUAUCGGUUCUGCAAACAUGUCCC